AUGCAAGGGUUUUUUUGGUGGGCUCAAGCCUCACGAGGUAUUGGCUAUUCCCCCACUUCCCUCCUGUCUUUGUUUACCUUCUGGGGAACAUCUUGGCUUCACAUCGCAUAUACGCGCCUCACCGUUCUCAUGGCACCUCAAAUAACCAGCUGGGAUGACCUCACGGAAGUAUGGGAGCAAUGCGAUGAUGAAACAGGAGAAAUCCAACAGACAUAUUUCGCGUUGUUCGACAGCAACGAAAGCUUUUAUUACGGCAUGCUUGAAGCUCCCAAAGCUGAGAUUACCUUUGAUCAGGUCACCAAGGCCCUCAGCAGGGUUCCUGAUGAAGAAGUAUUCACACGGUGCCCAGCUCCUGGGAUUGAGUUGAUACAAGCCCCGGCGACACUGAUCGGAGAUUUGUACAUCAAGCGACCGGAUCCACGAAUGUACAAAGUGAUGAAGGAACACAACGCAUUGUCCCAACUCUCAGCAGCCUUGCUAGCAGAGGCUGAAGUUCUACAGUCGCUGUCCCAGCACCUUCACCCGAACAUAAUCCGGUAUUAUGGCUGUCGGGUUAUCCGUGGGUACUUCAUCGGGAUCGUCCUCGACAAACAUCCACACGAUCUGUACAGUUAUCUCAAGAACCAAGUCGGGACAAUUGAAAAACGGUCUUUCAUCGCUGCCCUCGAGUUCUCUCUCCGUCAUCUUCAUGCACGUGGAUUGGCCCACAACGACCUGACUCCGAACAACAUUCUUGUGAGCAAAGAAGGCAUGCCUGUUUUGAUUGAUUUUGGCGGAUGUCAGCCUAUUGGAACCUAUUUGAAGCAUAUUAGAGGGACUCACGGGUGGAUAGAUGGAGCAAUCAAGGACCACAAUACGUCGAAAGAAGAGCAUGAUGUUUCUGCUUUAGCCAAGAUCAGUGCGUGGUUGGACAAUCCAGUUUUUGGUCGAUGA